AAUUUAUUAGUUUAUAUAAUAUUAAUUGUAAUAUUUUUUACAAACGAAAAGUUUAUAAAACGGUGCCUCUCGAGUUGCUUACGCCCAUUUGGUAGAUAGACGUCAACUGUGGACGUUGUGUAUCUUGGAAAAAAGUUUGUUUUUACUUCAACAUUCCCUAUUUCACGCAGAGUUUGCUGUUACAAUGGCUCACUUCAAUUAUUUGAGUGAAGAAAGCCGGAAGGAAUUGAAGAAAGUAGCAGAUGCUAUUGUGGCACCCGGAAAGGGUAUCCUUGCUGCCGAUGAAAGUACUGGUACGAUGGGAAAGCGCCUUGCCAAUAUUGGAGUAGAGAAUACGGAAGAAAACCGUCGUCGGUUUCGCCAGCUGCUCUUUACGUCUGGUAAAAGUAUGAGCGAGAGCAUUAGUGGGGUCAUUCUUUUUCACGAGACUGCCUAUCAAAAAGCAGAUGAUGGUACUACCUUCAUUCAGCUUUUGAAAAACCAAGGUAUAAUUCCUGGAAUUAAAGUUGACAAAGGAGUUGUUCCUUUAAUGGGUUCUUUUGAUGAAAGUACAACACAAGGUAAUAAUUUAAUAUUUCUUUAAGUUGUCAUGUAGAUAGAAGUAAAUUUAAUACUGAAGCAUGCUCAUAAAACAAAUGUAUUAAAUUUUUUAUGUAGAGAAGUUUUGAACAUCACUUUCUC